GCGACCGCAGUGUACACCAUCUCCACGUUUUGCCAAAGGAGGUGGCGUCGUUGCCGAGUGCGCUAGUUCCCACUUUCUCUCUCUCUCUCUAUCUCUCUCUCUUCUCUCUCUCUUUCUUUUUCUCCAUCUUUAAAUCGUUUUAUUAUUUUUCCUCGGAUUACGAUUAACCUGCGAACGCUAAAGUUUUACUUUUUGUUUCUUUAUAUUUUUAUUUCGUAGCCCAAAACCAUUCCACACGUUUUUGUGUCGUCGUCGUCGUCGUCUAACCCUGUGUGUGCGUGCGCGUGCUUUUCCAUUCGUCUUUGUUUUUUACUUUCUCUCCCCCCUUUCUUUCUUUCUUUUUUUUUUCUUUCUUUUUUUUUCUUUCCUUCCAAAUUUUUAAUUUCCUCGAACGUAGUUGAAAUUAUUUACAUGUGCGUUUUCCUAGUUCCUUUUACGAAUUGUGUCGUUGUUCGUCGAUGUACAUUAUUCGCGAUUAUCGUUGCCGGUGUUGAGUUGAGUUAAAGGGGGGGUGGGGGGAAUUGCAUUUGGCUGACGUGUUGUUGUUCUCUCAGGAAAAGGACGCGAAGAACGGAGCCGAAGGUUGGUGCGAAGCAUAUCUAUCUUAUCUAACCCCUCGAGUUGAACAAAGAUUUCCGGGAUCCGCAAACACGCGGAAUCAAACAGGCAGCGUGGAGCGCUCGGCGAUCGUGUGGCCGCGUGCCGCGGACCUCUACCUUUAUCAGCCAGGGUGUGCAUUUCUCACCUACUACAGCCGUGACAGCGCCAUCAGUGCCCAGAACGCUCUACAUGAGAAGCGGACUUUACCAGGGAGUCGUCCGCGCGAACCACGUUCUCAAUAUACUCGAUGUGAUGAACCGUCCUAUUCAAGUGAAGCCGGCGGACAGUGAAAACCGCGGAGACAGAAAGCUGUUCGUGGGAAUGCUCAGCAAGCAACAAACUGAAGACGAUGUCCGACAAUUGUUCGCUGCCUUCGGCACAAUAGAGGAGUGCACCAUCCUCCGUGGUCCAGACGGUAGCAGCAAAGGCUGUGCAUUCGUUAAGCUGUCGUCGCAUCAAGAAGCACUAGCGGCGAUAAAUUCUCUACACGGUAGCCAAACUAUGCCGGGUGCGUCAUCCAGCGUAGUGGUAAAGUUCGCGGACACUGAGAAAGAGAGACAACUAAGACGCAUGCAGCAAAUGGCCGGGAACAUGAGCCUCCUUAACCCCUUUGUCUUCAAUCAGUUCAACGCUUACGGCGCUUACGCCCAGCAACAAGCAGCGCUCAUGGCAGCUGCAACGGCACAGGGAACGUAUAUCAGCCCAAUGGCCGCACUAGCUGCUGGGCAACUACCACACGCCCUUAAUGGCAUGCCAAAUCCCGUUGUACCACCGACUUCCGGUUUGCUCGUAGGUUCCACAGGACAGCCAGUUAACGGGGCGAUACCGUCGUUACCCUCGCCGACGAUGCCCAAUUUCAACAUGGCCGCCCAAACACCAAACGGUCAACCAGCAGGUUCGGAUCCAGGUGUCUAUACCAACGGGAUACCGCAAACCUACUCGGGACAUGCCCUCCAUUUGUCGAUUCCAGCACAGGGGCUGCCCAAUGGGGAGGCGACACUUCAACACCCAACAUAUGGUGGAAUGCAACCUUAUCAUCAUAGUGUUGCUUAUCCCGCCGUCUACGGCCAGUUUCCUCAAGCUAUUCCUCAGCCGAUUACCGCCGCUGUGGCACAAAGGGAAGGAUGCUCUAUCUCAGGACCCGAGGGCUGCAACCUCUUCAUCUACCACCUGCCACAGGAGUUUGGUGACCCCGAGCUCAUGCAGAUGUUCAUGCCCUUCGGCAACGUCAUCUCCUCGAAGGUCUUCAUCGACCGGGCCACUAACCAGAGCAAAUGCUUCGGUUUCGUGUCGUUUGACAAUCAAGCAAGCGCGCAAGCAGCGAUCCACGCGAUGAACGGCUUCCAAAUAGGAAUGAAACGGUUAAAGGUCCAACUGAAGAGGCCCAAGGAUUCUAGCAAGCCAUACUAACCCACGUCCUAGCGUAGAAAAACUGGACGGAUUGCGCCCUACGUCAUAACUUACAGAAUGUCGUACGAGAAUGCAAGCCAUUUGGAAGCUCGACGAUCAGGAGUGACGAGUUUGAAUCACCGCUACAACGCUCCUCUCCAUCGUAAUAACCUAGUAUACUAGCUAGUUAAUUUCACAUAGAAGAUAGUAUCUAGAGAGAACGAGAUAGAGAGACAAGAUAAAUCGCAAAAAUCUUCGUUGAUGCGUCAUGGUAGAAAAUAAAAAAUUGUUUAACGUUUCUACCUAUACGGCGACCGAUGAUGAUGAUGAUGAUGAUGAUGAUGAUGAUGAUAAACGAAAAAUUCAAAAGUAAAAAAGAAAAAGAAAAAAAAAAUGAAAAAAAAAUUUACCAAAGGGAGGAGAUAAUCGAGAUCUUUAUUCUUCAUUUUUAUGAGCGCUAAACCCAAAUUCGAAGAGACCAAAAGGAACCAAAAAAAAGAAUAUAAAAGUAUAUAUAUAUUUAAAAAAAGUCGAAGAAAAUCAUCAAAUUCUAUCUCUCUUCGUUAAAGUUUUACGAUUGACAUUUUGAAAACAACAAGAUCCAAAUUUUGUCUUAUACAUUUAAUCAUUUAUAUUCGUAAUACUCUUUUUUUACUUUUCUUCCUCGUAACUCUCUCUGUCUAUAAGAAUGAAUUUUUAUUUAUAAAUCUUUUAGUUAUCCUCAUCCCUUAACUUUAAAAAAUCCUAGCUCUCUCUUUCUCUCCACUCUCCUACAACUUUUUGUAUAAUUUUUCAAGAGAUUGUUGGAUCCGUUGAAA